AUGGCUUUCUUCCAAGGAUCCGUUCAAGAGGGCAUUGCCGCCGCUCUUCAGCAGGCAAAGUCUGUGGUGUGCUUUGUCACAGACGGCAAGGCGGAAAGCAUGCAGUGGGAAAAUGAGUUCUUCGCCGAGGAAGAUGCACAGGCCGUGUCCCUGCGGCUUGAAGCCGGGUCAGAUGGGGAGAGCAACCUUGCGCAGCUCUAUCCCAUCCCUAGAAAGCCCACCGUCGUGGUUAUCAGGAAUGCGGAGCUAAAAGAAUACAUCGCUGCCGGCGUCUCCAAGGACGAGUUUGCGAGGAGGAUGAAGAAAGCACUGGCGCCAACACAGUCUGCACCUGACCAACCUCUGCCUGUCCAAGCCACGGUUUCUCCACGCGAAGCUGUGGCCGUGUCAGCGGCCCCGGCGAGCCAGCCAAACCGUGACCAUGAAUCCCGGGUACAAGCCCUCUUGGCCGAAAGAAGCGCCAAGCUUGCUGAAAGAAAGAAGAAAGAGGAAGAAGAGGCGAAGCGGCAGGGUGUAGAGAAGGCCAAAGCCAAAGCCGAAGCCGAGGCAAGCGGGUCAAAGCAGCCUGAUGAACGGAGCAAGUACGAGGCAGCCCUCAAGAAGAAGCAACGAGAAGCGCGCGAGGAGCGGGAGCGGAUCCGCAAGGCCAUAGCGGACGACAAGGCGGCCCGGGCGGCUCGGAAGGCAGCGGCAGAGGCGGAACGGAAGGAGGCAGCGGUUUCUGAGAUCACCGAUUCGGCCCCCUUUGCUCCGGCAAGCCAGCUUCUCCCGCGUACGGGCAAGCUCAGCGAGCACUGUGCCAUCCAGGUCCGGUUGUUCGAUGGCUCGACGAUCCGCAGCCGCUUCUCGAGCCACGAGACGCUGAAGGAUGUGAGGAAGUGGGUCGACGAGACGCGUGGGAACACCAAAGAGGCCUACACGUUCAAGGUUCUGCUGACGCCGCUGCCGAGCAAGACCAUCGACAUCACGGAGGAGGACAAGCCCCUUCAGGCGCUGGGGCUUGCCCCUUCGUCGACCCUUAUUCUACUGCGCGUGCCCAAAUACAGCGCCGCCUACUCGUCUGGUACAACGCCCGUGGCUGAUGAAGCUCAAGGCAAUGCCUCUCAAAGAUUCAUCGGUUACAUCCUGGCCCUCGUCACUGGCUUCUUCAGCACAACCAUCGCCUUUUUCUCCGCUCUUCUCAGCACAGCUGGGCCACCAGCAGCUGCGCCCGAGUCCUCACCAUCCCAGGCAUCGCAGAGCCAGGCGGCCUCUAAUGCAGCCCGACGUCGUCGUGGCGGACGGAUAGCCGGGCUGGACCAUACAGGCGGCCAGCCGAAUGACCAACAGUUCUACAACGGCAAUUCUAUCAAUUAUGAGCCCAGGCCAGAUGACGGAGAGUAG